UUAUAGCAGAGGUUGUUUUUACUGCAGGCUAUUAUUAGACACCAUCAUGGCAGAAGAAAAUAGGCCUUCUGCUCCGCUAAGGGAAUGACUUUUAGGGUUAAUGGCAUGAUUCAUAACAGAAAUACAGGCUGCAGAUGGUAAAACGAACAGCCUACUUGAAACAGGAGUGGAGUUUAGGCCAGAAUGGUUGCUCUUCUGUAUCCUUGCGCCGUUCAGGAGGCUGAUGUGGGCUCCAUGGCACCGAUAGGUCGGGUUGGAUCGAUCCUCAGGACGCAGCAGAACGACCGAAACUCCGGCAAAACCUCGAUGUUUGUCUUAAAGUGUGGAAACAGACGCUGGUGCACAGCAGGCCCUGGAGUCAGGGCUGAUUUCCUUGUUGAUGUCAGGCCCGAUCGACAGCGGAAAGAAAAACGCAUCCAGAACAGGUGCAAUAAAAACCGGAUCUUACGCUUUCACCCGGUGCCACGAAUAAACCACGAAGGAGAGUCUUUCGGUGCUUCAGAAACCGAGACGCGCGGAUGUUUGUGGGGGCAGGGGUGCUCGCUGUCAGGGGGGAAUCCCGCGCUAUCACUUGUGUGUUUGCUGUGUGUUUGUAGCGUUUCUCUGCUGAUGAAAUGGCAGCAGGAGCAGCAUCAUAUCGCCUGACUCAUCCCGCAUCAGUACCACUGCCGUAAAGGACCGUGGAGAGGCGCAACACUGAAGAAAAACCACUUUUUAAAGAUGACGAGUAUUCCUCGAUGUGUCAGCCUCCAUGCAUGACUUCAGACCGCCUGUCACUGGCCAAACCCUCCAUUUCACGCGGAACCCCAUAAUUGGAGACGUCACCGUGCCAUCCUAUUCAACGCGCGCCCUCGACCGGAGCAGUGAUGCAGCACGAGCGCCUGCUCAAAGUCUUGGUCAUCGGCGAUCUGGGAGUCGGUAAAACGUCCAUCAUAAAGCGCUACGUGCACCAGGUCUUCUCCCAGCACUACCGCGCCACCAUCGGAGUGGACUUCGCUCUCAAGGUGCUUAACUGGGAUCACAAGACGGUGGUGCGGCUGCAGCUGUGGGACAUCGCCGGGCAGGAGCGCUAUGGCAACAUGACCCGCGUGUACUACAGGGAGGCGGUGGGGGCCCUCGUCGUCUUCGACAUGACCAGACUGUCCACGUUUAAGGCCGUCCUCAAGUGGAAAGGAGACCUGGACUCGAAGGUCGCCCUUGGUAACGGGACGCCGGUUCCCGCCGUUCUAUUGGCCAACAAGUCCGACCAGCGGAGUCUGUGCCCCAAACUGCCCAAACUGGAGAAGUUCUCCAGAGAGUACGGAUUUGUCGGCUGGUACGAAACAUCUGCCAAAGACAACACCAACAUUGAUGUCGCCAUCGCUUGCUUGGUGAAGAGCAUCAUGACGUUGCAGGAUGAUAGAGCUCUGCGGGACGCCACCGCCGGCAGAACCGAGCCGGAAGACGGCGUUCUGAUCCUCCCUCGCUUCGACUACGACACGAAGGAGAAGGGACUCAGUGGGUGUUCAGGAUGUUCCUCGCUUAAACCCAGAGACGGGGACAACGACUAAAGGAGGGAAGGAGGUUAUUUUGUUAUAUUUAUACGCUGUAACUUAAAGAUUCAUCCACGUUCUUCCUCCUUUCAUCCUCUCAAAGAGGAAACGGUGAAAGAGUUUCAUAAUAGAAUCAUUUUAUUGUAUUUUUAUAAAAGUCAAAAAUCUAUUAAAGAUCUAUUAUUUUCAAAACUUGAUGCUAAAAUGUUUUAUGGAUUUGAAAGAAAACACGACUCCUGAAAAAGAUAUUUAAAUAUUUUUGUUUGUAACAAAUGAAUUUUACCAGAAUUUGUUAUUUCGUAAUGACCUGUUGGAGGUCCGCCCCUUCACUUGUGAGUAACAGAUUAAAAAACUAAUUGUAAAACCUUUUUACAUUCACAAAAGUGCACUUUUAAUUUGUCAUAUCUUCUCUAUUUCUUGAAAAUCUUUUGUUGUACAAAUCUUUUUGCUUUGAAGCAAAAAAUGGACAUUAAAAAAAAAAAAUACUGCUCUAUCCACAACUGUUUUAAAAUAUAUAUGUCUUGUGAUCUGUCUCCGUCUGGCACAGCGCUAUGUAAGCAGCUACUUUAGCGAGUCUAGACUUAUGGAUAUUUUGCUCUGUAGUUUGUAUUUUAUAACUAUUUUUACAGGAUUUGUAAUUUAAAAUGUUUUAUUUCCAUACCAUAAAAAAUAAAUGAA